GGCUCGGAGUAAAUUUGAAAGUUAUAAGAAUUCCUUCUACCUCAAUACCUCACUACUACAUCACAACAAAAACUAUAGACUAAAAUAUUUGUUUUUCUUUCAACCAUUACCAUGGAGUUACAAGUUCCAAAUCCACCCACACCCAAAUCAAUAACAAUGAGCCACGUGUUAGUGGUUCCAUACCCUUCGCGAGGACACAUUAACCCAAUGAUGAAUCUAAGUAAGUUACUUGUGUCUCACAACCCCAACAUCCUCGUAACCUUUGUUGUCACUCAAGAAUGGAAAACCUUAAUCAACUCCGAACCAAAACCCGACAACAUAAGACUCGAAACAAUCCCUAACGUUAGUGGUGACAACUUCAUGAAAGUUGUUGAAGCUGUUAUGACUGAAAUGGAAGCGCCGUUCGAGCGGCUAAUUGACCGUCUUGUUCAGCCGCCGCCGACGCUUAUUAUCUGUGAUGCUUUUCUCUUUUGGGCUGUUGAUGUUGGAAAUCGGAGGAAUAUUCCGGUGGCGGCUUUCUGGACAACGUCCACGUCGGAGUUGUGGGUGCAAUUUUUUCAUAUUUUUCUACAAGGAAAGCAUUUAGAAAAUGGUGAAAAAAUUAUAGAUUAUAUUCCAGCAAACUCCUGGAUUCGUCUGACAGAUAUUCCUCUUCUUGAUAAGAACAACCAUCAAAUUUUACAAUGGGCUAUGGAAGCUUGUCAAUGGAUUCUCAAAGCACAAUAUCUAUUACUGCCUUCAAUUUAUGAACUUGAACCUCAAGUAAUUGAUGCCUUAAAAUCAAAGCUCAAAAUACCAAUUUACACAAUUGGCCCAAACAUACCAUAUUUUAAUCUAGGACACAAGUCAGUACAUGAUCUAAAUUGUGUUAAUGAUUCUUCCCAAAGUUACCUGGAUUGGUUAAAUCUCCAACCAUAUGGUUCUGUUUUGUACAUUUCAUAUGGUAGUUUCCUAUCCGUUUCAAGAACACAAAUGGAUGAGAUCGCAGCUGCUUUGAAGGAUAGUGGCGUUCGAUUUUUAUGGGUAACGCGUGACGAGACGCAAAGAUUGAAAGAGAUGUGUGGGAAAAUGGGGUAUGUUGUGACAUGGUGUGACCAAUUGAGGGUAUUGUUACAUCCGUCUAUAGGCGGUUAUUGGACGCAUUGUGGUUGGAAUUCAGUUAUCGAAGGUAUUUUUUCGGGUGUUCCAUUUUUAACAUUUCCAAUAGCUAUGGAUCAACCAAUGAUUAGUAAGAUUAUAGUUGAAGAUUGGAAAAUUGGGUGGAGAGUGAAGAAAGAUGAUAAGUUAGAAACUUUGGUUACAAGAGAAGAAAUUGUUGUGUUGAUAAGGAAAUUCAUGGAUUUGGAUUCUGAUUUAGGAAGUGAUUUGAGAAAAAGAGCUAAAGAGCUUCAACUUUUAUGUCAAGAUGCAAUAAAGAAAGGUGGAUCUUCUGAAACUAAUAUUAAUGCAUUUUUGAAGAAUAUAUUCGAGAGUGGUUUGGCACAUGAAGGAUCAAAUGGAUCAAAUGAAGGAUCAAAUGGACUACAAGCUCAUGUUGCUAUUGAUAAUUUCAAUUAAAUUGUUUUUCCUUGGUUCUAUUUGCCUUGUUUAGUGAUUUAAUAAAGGUACAAAUUAAAGGUUGUUUGGUUAUUUGUAUCAUGAUUAUCUAGAUCUUUAUUUUAUAAAUUAUAUUUAUUAAGUAUUAGUGUGAGACCUUGUAUUUUCAUGAUUAUUCUAUUGAUAAUUUGGACCA